AUGGACAGCGACGAUUCAGUCACGUUUGAGAUUCAGUCGCUCUUCUACCAGGGCGCAUAUCGGUCGUGCGUCGAUGUCGUCUCGCAGAAUACGUCUGGGUCCCCUUCAGACCCGACGACGCUGACGAGGCUCCUGUACGGAGCGCGGUCGCAGCUGGCCCUCAACCAGCCUGACGCGGCUCUAGCCCUGCUCCCCAGCAGUGACAUCCCCGACUCAGACUCGCCAGCAGCCGCGGCCGUGCGUGCGCUCUCGAGGUUCGUCAAGGCGCAGAACAAGGGCGACCAGUCUGGGUCCGACGAAGAGCUGCACCAGCUCAACGAGCUUCUCGACCAAGCCGUCUUGGGCGAUGCCAACGGGCAAACAAUUAGGAUAUGCGUCGCAACGGCCAUGAUGCGCGAUGACGACCCGGUGGGUGCCCUUGAGACCCUCGGCAUGGGCACGGCAAGCAGCAAGGAGAUCGAAAGUGUCGCGCUCGGCGUCCACAUUCUGCUCUCCAUCAACCGGCCCGAUCUGGCACAAAAGGAGUACACGGCGGCUCGAACAUGGGCCGAUGAUGCGCUCCUCAUCCAGCUCAUCGAAGCCUACAUUGGCCUCUACUCAGGCGGGCGUCCCGCGCAACAGGCAUACUACGUCUACGACGAGCUCGCACAGAACCCAGCGCAGGCUGGGAAGCCGAGCAGCGUGGGCGUCCUGACGGGCAAAGCUGUCGCCCACAUGGUUGCUGGCAACCGGGCCGAGGCGGAAAAGGUUUUGGCAGAGGCCGCCGAGCUGGAUCCAGACAACGCAGACGUCGUGGCCAACCAGGCCGUCCUGGCAGAGUACGGUGCAAAGGCACCGGGUAGUACAGAGUACCUCGAAAAGCUCAAGUCGCUGGCACCAAGGCAUCCGCUCGUGCGUGAGCUCAAGGAGAAGGAUCUGGCAUUUGAAGAGGCGCUUCAAAAGCACCAAGAGGCUUUGAGUGGUGCCGCGUAG